AUGCUCCGUCCGGGCAUACGGCGGCUGCGGGGCCUCAGGCUGCUGGGCUUCCAGCUGAGGGGCUUCCCCGGCCGCCCGCGCUCAGUCUGCAGCAGCCAAGGAGAGGAAAACCCACCCUUAUCUGCAGAAUCAAGAUGGAAAGACAGAGCAGAAACAGUGAUCAUUGGAGGUGGCUGUGUUGGUGUGAGUCUGGCUUAUCAUUUGGCCAAAGCAGGCAUGAAAGAUGUGGUCCUUCUGGAGAAAUCAGAGCUCACAGCUGGAUCCACCUGGCACGCAGCAGGUUUAACAACUUACUUUCAUCCUGGAAUAAACUUAAAGAAAAUACAUUACUAUAGCAUCAAACUUUAUGAGAAACUGGAAGAAGAAACUGGACAGGUGGUGGGAUUCCAUCAGCCAGGUAGUAUCAGAAUUGCUACCACUCCUGUAAGGGUAGAUGAAUUUAAAUAUCAAAUGACUCGGACUGGCUGGCAUGCAACAGAGCAGUACAUUAUUGAACCUGAAAAAAUUCAAGAAAUGUUUCCUCUACUCAACAUGAAUAAGAUUUUAGCUGGACUGUAUAAUCCUGGAGAUGGUCACAUUGAUCCUUACUCUCUAACUAUGGCCCUGGCGGCUGGGGCUAGGAAAUAUGGUGCCCUUUUAAAAUAUCCUGCCCCAGUGACUUCUUUGAAACCAAGGUCAGAUGGAACAUGGGAUGUUGAAACACCGCAUGGAUCUAUGAGAGCAAAUAGAAUUGUGAAUGCUGCAGGAUUUUGGGCUCGUGAAGUAGGUAAGAUGAUCGGACUAGAACAUCCUCUCAUUCCGGUUCAGCAUCAAUAUAUUAUCACAUCAACCAUCCCUGAAGUGAAAGCUUUAAAGCGAGAACUCCCGGUGCUCCGCGACCUGGAAGGAUCGUUUUACCUCCGACAGGAAAGGGAUGGGCUUUUGUUUGGUCCAUAUGAAAGUCAGGAGAAAAUGAAAGUUCAGGACUCAUGGGUCACCAGUGGAGUCCCCCCAGGUUUUGGAAAGGAGCUCUUUGAGUCUGAUCUAGACCGAAUCAUGGAACACGUUGAAGCUGCCAUGGACUUGGUUCCAGUCUUGAAAAAGGCUGACAUCAUCAGGAUCGUCAAUGGGCCCAUCACCUAUUCUCCUGACAUUCUGCCUAUGGUGGGGCCCCAUCAGGGGGUCCGAAACUACUGGGUGGCUGUAGGUUUUGGAUACGGCAUAAUCCAUGCUGGUGGGGUUGGGAAAUAUCUCAGCGACUGGAUCCUGCACGGAGAACCACCUUUUGAUCUGAUAGAAUUGGAUCCCAAUCGCUAUGGCAAAUGGACGACAACUGAGUACACCGAGGCCAAAGCAAGGGAGUCUUACGGAUUCAACAAUAUUGUUGGUUAUCCUAAAGAAGAACGAUUUGCUGGGAGGCCAACUCAGCGAGUCAGUGGGCUUUAUAAAACCCUGGAGUCUAAGUGUUCCAUGGGGUUCCAUGCAGGCUGGGAGCAGCCACACUGGUUCUACAAACCAGGCCAGGACCCUGGGUACAGGCCAAGUUUUCACCGCACAAACUGGUUUGAGCCUGUGGGCUCUGAGUAUCAACAGGUUAUGCAAAGAGUAGGGGUGAUUGACCUGUCACCGUUUGGCAAGUUUAACAUCAAAGGCCAGGACUCCAUUAGAUUGUUGGACCAUGUCUUUGCAAAUGUUAUUCCCAAGGUGGGUUUUACAAAUAUAAGUCACAUGUUAACACCAAAAGGUCGAGUAUAUGCUGAGUUGACUGUCUCUCACCAGUCUCCCGGGGAGUUUCUAUUAGUAACUGGUUCUGGGUCAGAACUUCAUGAUCUUAGAUGGAUUGAGGAAGAGGCAAUCAAAGGUGGAUGUGAUGUUGAAAUUAAAAACAUAACUGAUGAGCUUGGAGUCCUUGGCGUCGCAGGGCCAUAUUCAAGAAAGGUCCUACAGAAACUGACCUCUGAAGAUCUUAGUGAUAAUGUUUUCAAGUUUCUUCAAACCAAGUCUUUAAAGGUUUCCAACAUCCCUGUCACUGCUAUCAGGAUAUCUUACACUGGUGAGCUGGGUUGGGAGCUCUACCACAGACAAGAAGAUUCUGCAGCGCUUUACGAUGCUAUCAUGAAUGCAGGCCAGGAGGAGGGAAUUGACAAUUUUGGAACCUACGCCAUGAAUGCCUUAAGACUGGAGAAAGCUUUCAGAGCCUGGGGGUUAGAGAUGAACUGUGAUACAAAUCCCUUGGAAGCUGGACUGGAAUCUUUCGUGAAACUAAAUAAGCCAGCAGACUUCAUAGGAAAGCAGGCACUGAAACAGAUUAAAGCCACGGGGCUGAAACGGAGACUGGUCUGCCUCACCUUGGCAACAGACGACGUUGAUCCGGAGGGAAAUGAAAGCAUCUGGUAUGAUGGCAAGGUGGUUGGCAACACGACCUCCGGGAGCUAUAGUUACCGCAUCCAGAAGAGUCUGGCUUUUGCGUAUGUUCCUGUAGAGCUCAGUAAAGUGGGGCAAGAAGUUGAAGUUGAACUAUUGGGCAAAAAUUACCCUGCAGUUGUCAUACAAGAACCCUUGGUGCUAACAGAACCAACCAGAAGCCGGCUUCAAAAAAAAGGUGGAAAGGACGAAAUUUGA